AUGCCCGGAGCGACGCAUUACGAACCGGGCGCCAGCUACUAUUACAUCUCCACCUCAUCCGGAAAACACGACGGAAUCGAGCAAAAAUCGCACGGGCUUUGCCACUCUCAAAACCUGCGGUUGCGCGUCGACGUAGAGGAGAAUGCGCCGACCCAAGCCAGCUCUCCAACAGAAUCGACCGUGUAUAUCGAACAUCCUCGCGCACAGCCCUACAAUCGAGCCGUCCGACCGAGCAGCAUCGAGCCCACUUCUAGCGAGUCGGCCGAAGAGCGUCGAGCGCAAGACG